AUGUCAAUAUCCAGAAAAUUGUUCCAGGUGGGUCGAUUCACCUUUAACGAUGUCACUGUAUCGGUGGUGACCAAGAACAUUCGAGAACUACAUGCAAAUCGUGCUUCGGUUUGCCGUUUGAAACGAGAUCCAAAUGCAUAUCAACGAUUAUUUCCACUAAGGAUAGUGCAUAAAGACGGUUCGACUGUAUUGAUUCGUCAUCAGGUACCUCGUGAGUUGAUAAAAUUACCAUUGAAACUGGAAGAUUGCCAAACAGAACGUGAAAAAAUGGAAUGGCGAUCCCGACGUAAACAAAAAGAAGUAAUUAAAAUCAAAAAAGAUGACACCGACAUUGAAUUUGAUCGUUCCCAAUAUCUUCGUAUGGCCAUUAAAUCGGAUAAAUCCAGAUCCAGAUGA